CUGCAGAGCUACUUUGCUGCCUGUGAAGACGAGACGCCGGCCAUCAGAAACCACGACAAGGUCCUGCAGCGGCUCUGCGAACACCUGGACCAUGCUCUGCUCUAUGGCUUGCAAGAUCUUUCCUCAGGCUACUGGGUGCUGGUGGUUCACUUCACCCGCCGGGAAGCCAUCAAGCAGAUAGAAGUGCUUCAACACGUGGCCACCAACUUGGGACGCAGCCGGGCAUGGCUGUACCUGGCCCUCAACGAAAACUCCUUGGAGAGCUAUUUGCGGCUGUUCCAGGAGAACCUAAGCCUGCUGCACAAGUACUAUGUCAAGAACGCCCUGGUUUGCAGUCACGAUCAUCUGACCUUGUUCUUGACGCUGGUAUCUGGGCUGGAGUUCAUCCGCUUUGACUUGGAUCUGGAUGCUCCUUACCUGGAUCUGGCCCCAUACAUGCCAGAUUACUACAAACCUCAGUACCUGCUGGACUUUGAGGACCGCCUGCCCAGCUCCGUGCAUGGCUCGGACAGCCUGUCCCUCAACUCCUUCAACUCGGUCACCUCCACCAACCUCGAAUGGGACGACAGUGCCAUCGCUCCAUCCAGUGAAGAUUAUGAUUUUGGAGAUGUCUUUCCAGCAAUGCAGACCAUGCCCAGCAGAGACUGGGAAGAUGGAGACCUGACGGACACGCUCAGCUGCCCGCGCUCCACCGCCUCGGAGGCCAACGGCAGCAAGGCCUCAGUGAAGAGCCCGACGCAGCGCUACAACCCCUUCAAUGAGGAGAAAGCUGAGGCGCCGUCCUCCGCUGAGACCACACCGGUGCACACAGCUUCCCAGGAGAAGGCAGAAGCCACCCCUGAAGGAACAGACCAGUCCGAGAGCUGCACCGAGCUGGAGGUCAUCAGGUUAGCCAAGAAGAAGAAAACGGGCAAGAAGAAGAAAGCGAAGCCCGAGGAGCCGGCGCACAGCCCUGCGCUAGUAGGGCCUGAGUCGCAGCAGGCCAGCGGUGACAGCGGUGUCAACGGGCUGAGCGACAGAGAAGACUCGCAGCGAGACGAUGGCCCUGCCAGCGAGCCCAGCCCGGGCGGGCAGGAGGAGGCCCGGCAGCGCUCUGCCCUCGGCCAGCUGGCGCUGCGCAUCCCCGAGAUGAAGGACACGUCCAUGGAGAGCGUGGGGCAGCCGCUCAGCAAGGUGAUGGACAGGCUCAACGGGCAGCUGGACCCUGGUGGCUGGAGCGCCCCCCUCGAGCCCCCUGGGCAGUCCUUUCGGACUGGCACGCCAGGGGAGACCCCGGAUGGAUCGUCCUCUGGCGACUUUAGCGAGGGGAUUUCAGCCCCCAUGGACUUCUACCGCUUUACCGUCGAGAGUCCAAACGCUGCUGCACCAGGUGGUGGCCACCAUGACGCUCCAGGGCCUGGCCAACCGACACAUGUUUCUGGUGGCCCUGAGGCUCCUGAAGAAGAAGCAAGCAGAGAGGAAGAAGCAGUUGGAGCAGUAGAGGAGUCUGGAGGGGCAAGUGAUGAACCCCAAACUGACCAGACAGAAACCGCCACCCCCCAGGCUCUCUGUGAGCCGAAGAAGGAGCAGCCCAGCCCUUCCCCGAGCAGUGCUGAGGACUCUGGCGUGGAGGAAGGGCAGGGCAGCCCUUCAGAGCUGAGCCAUCCCUCUGAGUUCAGGGUAGAUAACAACCACCUCCUCCUGCUGAUGAUCCACGUCUUUCGGGAGAACGAGGAACAGUUGUUCAGGAUGAUCCGAAUGAGCACCGGGCACAUGGAGGGGAACCUGCAGCUGAUCUACGUCCUGCUGACAGAUUGCUACAUCUACCUGAUCCGCAAAGGGGCCGCGGAGAAGCCGUACAUGGUGGAGGAGGCCGUUUCCUACAACGAGCUGGACUACAUCUCGGUCGGGCUGGACCAGCAGACGGUGACUCUGGUGUGCACCAACCGGCGGAAGCAGUUCCUGCUCGACACCGCGGACGUGGCCCUCACCGAGUUCUUCCUGGUCUCCUUGAAGUCAGCCAUGAUCAAAGGGUGCCGGGAGCCCCCGUACCCCAGUAUCCUCACGGACGCCACCAUGGAGAAACUGGCACUCGCAAAGUUUGUGGCCCAGGAGUCCAAGUGCGAGGCCUGCGAUGUGGUUGUGCGUUUCUACGGCCUCGUUCACUGGGAAGACCCCAUGGACGAGGCACUGGGACCCACCAACAGCAGCUACGCUUCCGCCGAAAACACGGUCACCAAGGACGGGAUCCUGCACUACAAGGCAGGGACCUCCUACCUGGGCAAGGAGCAGUGGAAGACCUGCUUCGUGGUGCUCAGCAAUGGGAUCUUGUACCAGUACCCGGACCGCACGGAUGUCACCCCUCUGCUCUCCAUCAACAUGGGCGGCGAGCAGUGCGGGGGAUGCCGGCGCUCCAACACCACCGACCGGCCCCACUCCUUCCAGGUGAUCCUGACCGACCGGCCCUCCCUGGAGCUGAGCGCCGAGAACGAGGAGGACAUGGCUGACUGGAUGCAGUACUUCUGCCAGGCCGUCUCCAAAGGGGUGAUCCCCCAAGGCGUCGCCCCCACGCCGUGCGUCCCCUGCUGCCUGGUGCUGACAGAGGAGAGGGCGUUCACGUGCCACGAGGACUGCCAGACCAGCUUCUUCCGCUCGCUGGGCACCGCCGCGCUGGCGGACGUCGCNNNGGUGCUGGUAACGUCCUGGCUCUCUCUUGGUGUUUAGGAGUUCGCUCAGGACCACCAGCAGUUCCUGCCCCCCUGGGUCCUCUAUUUUAGUUGCACUACAGAGCUGGAGCGGUUCCUCUCAGCGCUGAACACUGCUUGGAGGAACAUCUACCAGGUUGACCUCCUGCACAAGGCCACCGUGGACGCCGCCGUCAAGAAGAAAUGCGAAGACGCCCAGAGCCUCAUCGAGAGCGCCUGGCAGCGCAGCGACAGCCUCUGCCGCGGGCGAGCGGAGCGGGACCCCUGGUGUUAA